CAGAAAAUGAAGGAAGUUCCCAUUUAAAAUAGAUUUCGAUCUAAGCGAAUCAUAACCGUCAGAUUUGGAUCCAACGGUAACGAUGACGUGUGUACUCAUAUCUAACCUAUGCAACACUACAUCCACCCAUUCUCACGCUCACGCUCUUCCUCCUCCGACUAUACAACCGCCCGGAGCUGCGGAACCCUAACUCUCUCAGAAACGCCGCCGUUUAGCUCCCUCACCGUUCACGCGUUUCUGCGAUUCUUCAACCCCCGAUUUGGAACAGUAUUUAAUUCACGAGCUUUGUUAGCGCCACACUUAGUUUUCGUCGCUGAUUAAAGCAUGCAACUCUGGCUACAUACAAGUGAUAAGCAUGGGAGAAGGAAGUGACCAUCAAGCUAUGGCAGACAAUGGAAAUGCUGAAUCUGGUGAAGGUGGAGUGCGUAGUGCUGAAAACAACUCUGGCUCUCAUGUUCGGGUUGGGGUGUCUGAGCCAUAUGUGGGUAGGGAAUUUGAUUCUCAAGAUGCUGCAAAGACUUUCUACAAUGAGUAUGGCAAACGAGUGGGUUUCAGCUGCAAAGCUGGCCCACAUGGUCGUUCCACAGCUGAUGGGGCAAAUAUGUUCCGGGAGUUUCUGUGUGGCAGGGAAGAUUCGAAAAGAAAGCCUCCUGAAAGCUGCAAUGCAAUGAUUAGAAUCGAGCAGAAUGGUCAAAAUAAGUGGGUUGUUACAAAAUUUAUAAAGGAGCAUAGCCAUUCCAUGGCUAGCGUUAGUAAGGUGCAUAAUAUUCGGCCACGUAAACCCUUUUCUAGUGUUGGAAGAACCAUGCCUGAAACUUACCAAGGAGUGGGGCUUGUUCCAAGUGGUAUGAUGUAUGUAUCUAUGGAUAAGAAUUGCAUUCCCACUAAGAAUAUUCAGGGAAUUAAGAAUACUCCCGCAGCUGUUGCUGUUGCUGAAACAUAUCAGCCGGUUAAAAGUCCUACAAUGAUGAAUUAUGCUGUUAGGCCAGCUACACGAAAGAGGACAUUAGGGAAGGAUGCUCACAACCUGCUGGAGUACUUUAAGAAAAUGCAAGCUGAGAACCCUGGUUUCUUCUAUGCAAUACAACUUGAUGAAGAUAAUCAUAUGUCUAAUGUGUUUUGGGCAGAUGCAAGAUCAAGGACUGCUUACAGUCAUUUUGGUGAUGCAGUUACUCUGGACACAACAUACAGAAUAACUCAAUAUGGAGUGCCAUUUGCUCCAUUCACUGGUGUAAACCAUCAUGGUCAGAUGAUUUUGUUUGGUUGUGCACUUCUUUUGGAUGAUUCUGAAGCUUCUUUUGUGUGGCUUUUUAAGACAUUUCUGACAGCCAUGAACGAACAUUACCCUGUCUCUAUCACUACUGAUCAAGACAGAGCCAUACAGACAGCUGUUUCACAAGUUUUUCCUCAAACACGCCACUGUAUAAGCAAAUGGCAUGUCUUGCGAGAAGGCCAUGAAAAGGUGGCUCAUGUAUGCAACAUGCAUCCAAAUUUUCAGAUUGAACUUUAUAAUUGUAUUAAUCUGACGGAAACCAUUGAGGAGUUUGAUUCAUCUUGGAAUUUUAUCAUCAAUAAAUAUGAACUCACGAAAAAUGAUUGGCUUCAGUCCUUGUACAGUGCUCGUGCUCAAUGGGUUCCAGCAUAUUUUCGUGAUUCAUUUUUUGCAGCAAUAUCUCCUAAUCAAGGAUUUGAUGGUUCUUUUUUUUAUGGUUUUGUCAACCACCAGACAACAUUACCACUGUUCUUUAGGCAGUAUGAACAAGCUUUGGAGUGCUGGUUUGAAAAAGAAUUAGAAUCAGAUUAUGAUACUAUUUGUACAACCCCUGUUCUGAAGACACCUUCCCCGAUGGAGAAGCAGGCUGCUAAUCUCUAUACGCGGAAAAUAUUUUCAAAGUUUCAAGAAGAGCUAGUUGAAACUUUUGCUUAUACUGCCAACAGAAUUGAAGAAGAUGGAGAAAAUAGCAUAUUCAGGGUUGCAAAAUUUGAGGAUGACCAAAAGGUGUAUAUUGUCACAUUAAACCUUUCCGAGUUGAGAGCUAACUGUAGUUGCCAAAUGUUUGAGUAUUCAGGCAUUCUAUGUAGACAUGUUCUAACUGUUUUUACUGUGACUAAUGUACUUACAUUACCGUCUCAUUACAUUUUAAAACGGUGGACAAGAAAUUCCAAAAGCAGUGCUGGAUCAGUUGAACUUGCUGAUGAAUCACAUGGACCCAAGUCUUUGACAUCACGAUAUAGUAACCUUUGUUGGGAAGCCAUCAAAUAUGCUGAAGAAGGGGCAUUGACUGUGGAAACUUAUGAUACUGCAAUUAGUGCUCUUAGAGAAAGUGGAAAGAAGAUUUCUUUCAUGAGGAGAAGUGUUGCUAAAGUUGCCCCACCCAGUCAUCCAGUCAGUGGGACUGCUUAUGAUGACAGAAAAUCCCCUACUUCAGCAGCAGAUACAAACCCUCUGUUGUGGCCAUUGCAGGAUGAAACAACACAGAGGUUUAAUCUUAAUGAUGAUAGUACUCCUGUUCAAUCAGUUGCUGAUCUAAAUUUACCACAAAUGACCCCAGUGUCUCUCCAGCGAGAUGAUGGUCCACCUGAAAUGGUGGUUUAUCCAUGUCUGAAAUCAUUGACGUGGGUAAUGGAGAACAAGAACUCAACACCAGGGAAUAGAGUAGCUGUUAUCAGUCUUAAGUUGCAAGACUAUAGCAGGAUUCCUUCAACAGAAUCAGAGGUUAGGUUUAAUCUCUCAAAAGUUACCUUGGAACCAUUGUUUAACCAUAUGGUCAACAUCAGUGAUCAGCUGUCCAUACCAACUAGGAAGUUUGCUGUAUUGAAUCUCAAGCUUCCAGUCGCGGAGACAACUUCUGGUGCAAGUGAAGUUAAGUUUCAGGUGUCCAAGGACACAUUGGGUGCUGUACUACGAUCAAUGGCCUAUAUCCGUGAGCAACUCUUGGGUCCUGGUGAUGUACAGACAGAACCUAUGUCAAAAAGGCCUCGGAAGUGAAGCGGCAAAUUUUUGUUUCAUACCCAGAUGGCUUCGUGAUGGCCAUGUGGUGACCACUGAAUACACAAAUGGCUUAGAAAACUUAGUGUGAAGUCUUUUUUUUUUGUUUUUUUUGUAAGUUUGUUGUCUAAAAUAUCAAUGUGUACAUGUAUCAUAUCAUAGGCAACAGAUUUACUUUAUAGGAACCGUUUGGAAAAUCCUUUCCAACUCACCGGGGUGGAGGAGCAUUCUCCAAACGAAUAACGAGUAGGGUUUAGGAAUUUGGGAGUAAAAAAGGCAAACAAAAGCAGGUAUUGUUUAGUGAAAUUUUAGAAAUCAUAUCUUAGUUUGGUGACUAAA